UUGAAUUGACUUAGGCGGCGGGAUGAGAGGCGCCAGAGGGUCGGUGAGCGAGCAGCUGGUGUUCACGGCGAGUGCCGGGGAUGUGGACCCAAUGUCCAGGCCCGUGUUGCUAGUGGGACAGCUGUCAAACUUGCAAAAACUCACCUGGGAUCAAAUAAAGGGCAAGUUGGAGCCCCGAGUGAGCCCGGAGGUCUGGCAGGCUGCAUUGAGCACUUUGAAUCCCAAUCCAAUAGAUACCUGUUCUCUUUGGCUUAAUUAUGCUGUUGUGGCAGCCCUCCCAUCUAAAGUCAGCCGCCAUAACAGCCCGUCAUCGGCUCACUUUCUCACACGACUGAUUCGCAAUUGCUCGUCUGGAACGACUCAACAGUGCAUUGUGCUCGUUUGUGAAUACACGGAGAUUUUCGCAUCAGCUUGUGCAGUAACAAGGGCAUUUCCCCUGUUCACUCGGUGCACUGGCUCGCUGGAACAAGGAGAGAAACUCACUGUUUCGGUAGAAUUUAUUCUGGUUGGAGAGAAUACCAAUCCACUUAGUGAAUCUAUGCUUACGUGUCUGUUAAAUGUUGCUGAAGGCAUUCGACUAGCUGCUCGCAUUGUGGAUACACCUUGCAAUGAGAUGAAUACAGAUGACUUCCUUGCGGAAAUUGAACUUGUUGGAUCUGAGCUGGGCAUUAUUCCCACUGUUAUCCGUGGAGAGGAACUUAAUCGCAAGGGAUUUGGCGGCAUCUACGGAGUUGGAAAGGCUGCUGUGAGCCCACCUAUUCUUGCGAUACUUAGUUACACUCCAGAGGAUGCUACACAAACUAUAGCCUGGGUUGGCAAGGGUAUUGUUUAUGACACUGGUGGCCUCAGCAUCAAAUCAAAGACCUGUAUGCCAGGUAUGAAGAGGGAUUGUGGAGGUGCUGCUGCUGUCCUAGGAGCCUUCAGAGCAGCCGUGAAACAGGGUUUUAAAGAGAAUUUGCAUGCAUUGUUCUGCCUGGCAGAGAAUGCAGUUGGAGCUAAUGCUACAAGACCAGAUGAUAUUCACCAACUGUACUCUGGAAAAACAGUUGAAAUUAAUAACACAGAUGCAGAGGGCCGCCUGGUUUUGGCUGAUGGCGUGUCAUAUGCUUGUAAAGAUCUUAAAGCAGACAUCAUCUUGGAUAUUGCUACUUUAACUGGAGCUCAGGGUAUUGCUACUGGAAAGUAUCAUGCUGGGCUGCUUACUAAUAGUGAAGAAUGGGAGCAAGCCUGUGUAAAAGCUGGGCAGAAUAGUGGUGAUCUUGUGCAGCCAAUGGUGUAUUGUCCUGAAUUGCAUUUCAGCGAAUUUACUUCUGCUGUGGCAGACAUGAAAAAUUUUGUGUCGGAUCGAGCCAAUGCUAUGAGUUCAUGUGCGGGCUUGUUUAUUGAAGCUCAUAUUGGUUUUGAUUGGCCAGGCAUCUGGGUGCAUAUUGACAUGGCUUCACCAGUUCACACUGGAGCGCGUGCUACAGGCUAUGGAGUAGCACUACUACUAGCAUUGUUUGGUCGUGCAACAGAUGAUGCAUUAUUGAACUUUGUUUCACCAGUUGGUGUUAACUUUGCUGCAGAAGGUGAUGCUACAAUGGAAAAUUGCUGCAAAAAGAGACGACUGGUAUAAAUUCUGCCUGAGGUUAUGUUCAUUGUUUAUUGUUCAGAUUUGAAUGUAGAAAACCACUGAACUGGUGUGAGCCAUAUCUGUUGAAUUAUGCUUUAGGGUAGAUGCUGUGUGAAUUUAAAUACUAACAGCUGUAUUCAUGAUGGUGUACAUUUGCUAGAUGCCAGCAUUUUUAGACAUAAAUUAGGUCUCGUUUCAAAUGUUAAAUUUCAAAUGGUGCAGAAGGAAUCUGUUAUUUUGGCUUUAUUAUCUUAACGUGAUUUAUUGAUGUGCAAAAGUUGCAGCUUCUCACAUAACCUAAAUCUAAUUCUUCAAGCACUGCCUAGGAUAUCAUUAUCAGUUUGACUUGGCUUAAUUUGCUAUACAUUUAUUAAAAAGUCCUUGAUCACAUUGGUGUCUAUCCAUCUUGUGGUCAGGUUUUACAGAAUUUGUAGUUUUGCCUGUAAAUUGAUUGUGAAUCACUUAAUCUUUGCUCGUGACCCUCUACUCCUAUGUCAUUCUAAUCAAGAUCUGCCCUAAUGUCGGAUGACACCAGAGCUCGCGUUCAGCUCUAACUCAUUAUAAUGAGAAAGGGUGACAGGGCAGUCCUGUCAUGUUUUGAGGCAAAUAAAUAUUAAAGCUAAAGGGUUAACACUGAAUGUAACAAAGCAAAGCUUUGUUUCGCAUUUAUUCCGAUAUUUUGACAAGACUAUAGUGCUAACCUUCUGCUUCCAUAAUACUUAGUGCUGUCUUCAGAAGUCACUUCAUACAAAAUGCUAACAAUGUUUUUUUAGUUGCCUACUGUCCAGUUUGGUAACCGCGUCUUCUAGGCUAACGUGGUUGUUUUGCCAACUGAAUGCGUGUCCUUAAAACCAAAAGUACUCCAUUGAACACAAUGGGGGCAGAAUUGUGGUUGACAAUGUGUCCCAAUAAAAAAUGGUCUCAAUGGAUGCAUUGUAUUGAUCUAACUGUGUUUGUAUCUUGGAGUCUUCAUAUGUAGAGUUCUCAUGUUAGCCUGUGAUUCAGGUUUUGCAGUUCCUCCUUUGUCAGCACAGGGAUAAUCGCUGUUGAGAAAUCACUAAAACAGUGGAGUAAGGGGAGGUACCCAACUCAAGGUUCCCUGUGAAUGAGGAGAUUGACAUAUUUUCAAAAAUAUUAAGCCAGUUUGGUUAGAAUAUAUUUUUCCCAUGGUACAAAUAAAUCUGCACCUUACAUUUGCCUUCCUCUUCAAAUUGCCCUCAUCUUUAAGAAUGCUGUGUGUCUUAUCAACCUUAUUAAACUGACUUGAUUGAUGCCUUGAAUAUGCAUCUUUUAGGAAACCAUUUUGUGUGUACUGUAGCUAAAAGAUCAUGAAGUUUUAAAAUAACAAAUAUGAGCACUGUUAAUCAAUUGAAAAUCCAGAUGGGAGCUUUGCUCAGUAUUGUAAUGCCUUUAAUCCUAACAUGGUGGUUAUUAUAUUCUGGACUAAGGUCAGGGCUUUUACUCCUAUGAAACGUAUGUAUUUUGGAAACUACUGUUAGCUAGAUUUGCACAAUGGUGUCCAUAAAACUUCGAUGAAAUUUUGAGAUCAAUAUAUUGUUUUCAAGGUGACUCAAGCUCUAUCUUUUUCUCUGUCACAAAAAGACAGGAAGAAAAUGGAAUUUAUUUUGUGUUCAUGAUGGAAAAAUUCAGACCUCAAUUCACCUUGUAGGCAACAUUUGUAAUCUCCAAAAGGUAUAGGUGUGUUGCUAAGUUUAUAUUUAGAGAAUGAAUCUUGUCUAAUUAUUUCUAGAAUAGCUAAAAGCUGUAAUGAUCUUAUCAAAUUUUUGUAAUGAUAAUCUUGCGUCUACCUCGCAAAUACUUAUAAAGCAUUUUUAUAUAUUUUUAUGUAUUUGAAAUUAUGUACAUAAAGUAAUUUCACAUUUUACAAGACUUUUCUGUAUCUUUAAUGAAGCUAUCGUUUUGAUCAUUACUGGUACCAAGGACAGGACGUUUUAGAUGACAAGGAUAUUGGGUAGGUAAUGGGCUUGCAAUGCACUGCAUUUUCUGAGUGCUUCCUUCCCCCCCCCCACUACCCAUCCCUUCCAAAAAGUCUGAAUGGUCCUAGUUAAGUCAUCCUAGAUUGCUAAUAAAUCAUCAUAAACCUUUCCAAGCCAAUAUAAACCUCGUUAUAUUUCACAGGAAUUCAUUGUCCCACUCCUUGUUUCAAACUGAUAUUUUGCUGUUUUAGAAAUUAUACUAUUGUAAUAAAUCCUUUCCAAAAAUAAAUACUCCUUUAAUAGUGAGGUGGUUUGUUAGGAUUUAAAUAGUUUAGGUUUUGUAGAGAUCUUCUUCAUUAAUAAGCUUUUGCUAUAGAAAAUUCGGGUGCAUUAUGAAAUUUUAACCAAUUCUCUAAAUUCCCAGGUAACUUUAAAAUAAACAUGCAAGAAAAACAAAUGCCGAUCAAGCAACUUAAGAUGAAAGCACCUAAUCAUUACUCACAAAUUUACUGGUGAGAAAAAAAUCCAUUUUUCAAGAAAUUUUAUUGAAAACGUUCAUCACUUAGUGAGAUGUUUUAGAAACAAAUAUAAAACAGGGACAUAUUUCCACUGGUAACUGUUGACAGCAGGGUCACAAUUAUGGGUUUGGGAGACAGCGUCCUGCACAGAGAGAAACCAGAGUAAUCCAACUAGAAGCGAAGCUUAUUGCAUAAUUUCUAAACUAAUUUCAGUAUUCCAGAAGUUUAUGAAUGAAUGUGAAAUAUAAAUACACCUUAACACAAUGUAGUACUGAAAUCUAUUGAGGAAUAACAUAACUCGUGUUAUACAAAACUUAGUUUUACAAACUGCUAUCGUUCAUUUUCAGAAAUAUCCAUUUAAAAUCAUCUGAAACAGUGCACGUUAGGGUCAGAACAAGCAGCUAAAUUGUCAAUAACUAGGAUCAAAAAUGUUACUUUGUCUCAAUAAACAUGGUUAAGGUAAUUACACAAAUUUAAAGGGAAAGCAAUAGUUCCCCCUCCCCCAUUCUACAUAGGAUUUCAUUGCAAUUCCUACUCUUAAAAGAUGAAAAGUUCUUAACAUUUGCAUAUGAAAAUUCUUUCUCACAUGAAUGCUUCUUUAAAACAGAUAGUUAUAAAAUGGUUUUCAAGGGUUACCUUAACUGUAAUAUUGCAGGUUAUAGAGUUUUGCAAGUUUACGUAGCUACAUUUUCUUUUUCAGUUUUAACACUAUAACACCGUUUUUGAAACUUAGAGUGAGUUCUUACUGACUACCAGUUAUUUUUCUCAUGGUCUUUUCUUCAUGCAUAUUAUUAUUGAGGUACUGAAUCUUUUGCCCAGAUCCUCUUGAAAACAUGGAAGUAAACAUUUAUUUUCAAACUGAUUAAGCCUGAACUCCAGUGCUAUUUAAAUAUGACGUAAGGAAUUGGAGAGCACUAUAUAGUGAGUCCCAAAAGCUUUAACAAUUGAACUGUCUUGUGAUUGUGUAAUAGCUGGUCAGCUACUGAAUUAGAUAAUUCAAUGGAGAAACUGCAAACUAAAUGUAGCAUUCAUUGGUAUUAUUAAUAAUUUCUUAUUGAUACAAAUAUCAACAGCUGUGAACUGAGCUGGCUUCUCUAAGUAACAAUAUAUAUGAAACAGAAUGAUUUUCUUAAGAACUAACAAUUUAUCUUUUGCAAAGCACAAGUUGAAAAAUAAUUCUACAUCUGUACAUUGCAACAUUAUGCUUGAAAUACCCUUGCUGCAACAGUGGAUUAAUUUUUAUAGAAUUUCCAAAUCUUUUGAUUUUUAAAGAUCUGUUGAUUGUGCUUUGAUUCUAAUCCUAUCAAUAAUACUAUGACUUAGAAAUAUCUCACCAUUUUGAAUCUUUAAUCAUAUUUGCAUUUUGGUAAGUCAAUAAAAUCAAUGUUAAAAUA